AUGCCAGUGACUGAAAUUGCCCUCCUCCGCCUGAGGGCCGAGGAACCUUCGUCCGUAUCAAAGACGAAUCUCAUCCAAGCCCAGCAGGCGCAAACUGAGUUCUCAAAGUACCCAGCGCGCUUCUUUCGGCAGGUCGAGGACCCCCAGCGGUUUUAUAUCACUGGAGGGUGGGAAUCUAUUGCCGUUCAUGCCGGAGACUGGAUCACGUCAGAGACGAACCAGAAGUAUUUGGGACAGUUAAAGGAUGAUGUUGAUGUUGAGUGGAUGUUUCAUUUAGAUAUGGAUCCUGCUACCUCUCCUAUCCCCUUGGACGCACCAGUCAUUGCUAUCAGCAGGUAUUUUGUUACGGCUAGCAAUAAGGAUGAAUUUGAUGCCCUGUUCAAGAACGCGGUGCCUGACCUCGGGGCUUAUACGGCCCCCUACUCAUACGCUGGUGGGUGGAGGAUUGACAAAGAAGGGGAAGAUGAGGAGUUCGUGCUGUUCAGCGGAGGGAAUAAGGUAGAGGAUCAUUUUGGAUUCGCCGAGUCAGAGGCGUUCAAGAAGUUUGGGGUAAUCAAGAAAGUACUCAAGGGUGCUGAGAUUAAACAUGUGCGAGUGGAGAAGUGGGAGUGA